CAGCUGAUUGCACGUUUUUGACAUACUGUUGUUUUUAUAUUCUGUGUUGAAUUGCACUUUCCGGCUUUGUUUAAAAAAAACGUUGUUUGGAAUUCGUGUAUUUGAAUAAACAUUGACAUUGUGCAAUUUUCAAGCAGACACGCAACAGAAUAUAGAUGGAUAUAUCAGUACCUUCCCGUUUUGCCUGCUUAAAAAUAGAGGACGAAGAAUUUCGUCCCGUUUCCAACAGGUCCACUAAAAAGAAACAGGAAAAGCAGGCGAAGAAAACCAUCCCAGUUAAUGGCAGCAGCAAAAAGGUACCCGGUCAACAGAACCAGCCUCAGUCUUCUACUAAUGCUUCAUCGAAGAAAAGCAGAACAAAAGGGAAGAAAGAAGACAAGCAGUGGGAGGAGUGGAAGAGAAAGGACGAUGAGUUUGUAAAUGAUAAUUUCGAACAGGAUUUGCAGUGUGCGAUACUCCAAUCGAAACUCGACUUUGAAAACCAAAAGAAAAACGCUUCGGUGUCAGUGAUCCUUACAACACAAGACAAUAAGAUGAAGAAGAAAAAGACAAAAACUAUGUCCUUAGAUCAGUUCCUUGAGGACGGUAGUCACACUUCCGCGAAAGAUAAUGAAAAAGAUCCGGAGGUGGAAGAUGGGAAUUUUUUUGAAAACGUGAUGGUAUCUGCCAAGCAAGAAUUGAAAAAGGAAAAACUAGAAGAAAAGCGAAGGGAAAGAGCGAGUAAUAUAGAAGAGGUUAUUAGUUUAGCUCAAGCCCAGGAAAAAUUAGAAAUAGAAAAAGCGAAGAACGAGCAAUUGCAGCAAGAACUGGAAGAAGCCAAGAAAGAAAUAGCACUGGUCAAGAAACGGAACACCACCCUGUGCAGCAUGUUAAGCCAAGGGGAAAUGAAAGACAAGGUGGGCGUCCUCUUGGAAUUAGAAAGACUGACCACCGUCAAAGAGGAAUUAACCGAGGAAGUGGCCAGGCUGCAUAAGUUGUUAGAGCAAGAGAGGUCUUCCACAAAGGCUAACAAUGCCAACGUUAACGGGCUGCCAGAAACUCACAACGCAAAACACAAAGACAAGCACAAGAAGAAGAAAAAUUAACAUUAGCGUUUCCUUUGUUUUGCCUGUUUUGUACGUUUUAAGACUGUUUUGAUUUACUUUUAAUUUUUGUAUUGAUUUUUUUUAAUACUUAGAUGUAUCGUUUUCCUGUUAGUGAGAAUCCGUUUAAUCCGAUACUUCUGUUGCUUUUCAGAAUAAGAAGUAAAACUUCAAUCAAACUAUUAGUUGUAAGAGUACAUUUAGUGUUUGUAUUUUCAUAACAUACGUGCAGGCUGUUUUGUUGUUAAGAGAGGCGAUUUUGUGAUAUCUUCGUACUUUGUAGGAAAUUUCUCUUUUUUUUUAUUUCGGGCAGUUUGAAACUUAUUUCGCUGAAAUCGUUCCGAAUCCGCUCGAAAUGUUCUAAUUUCACUAAAAGUAUUUUUUAAGUUGAAAUGCCUCUCUUAAUGUAGAGGAAAUGUGUAAGUUCUAAUAAGCUCUAAUAAAAUUUAUAUCUGUA